AUGGCGGACAGACGAAGGAUCAAUGGCCCGACGGGCACCACUCUGCCACCUGUUUUCGCGGAGCCUCCAUCUCAGCUUCCACGCAAAGCGACCGAGGAUGGCUCCCGCAAGAUCUUCCUUAGAACCGGUGUCACCCCUUCAGCCUCUGGCUCGGCGUAUAUGGAGCUCGAAAACCCCAACGCCAGUCCUGGUGGUCUUGGCGGCAGCACACGAAUGAAGCUCACUUGCACUGUCCACGGCCCGCGAGCGUUGCCACGAUCUGCCCCAUUCUCUCCGCAUAUGAUUCUCACAACACACGUCAAGUACGCCCCGUUCGCCACAAGACAACGCCGCGGAUACCUUCGAGACUCGAGCGAGCGAGACUUGGGUGUUCACCUGGAGACGGCGCUCAGAGGAGCCAUAAUCGCGGACCGGUGGCCCAAGAGUGGUGUCGACAUCAUCGUCACAAUCAUCGAGGGCGACCAGGACCGCGACGCGAGCGACUACCAAAAGGAAGCGGACUGGGACAUGAUGAACGUGCUGGCUGGCUGCAUAACGGUAGCGUCCGCUGCCAUUGCCGAUGCGGGCAUUGACUGCGUCGACACGGUGGCUGGCGGCGUAGCGGCUGUCGUCGCAAAAGCCGGCGCGGACAAGCCUUUGAUCGUUCUGGACCCGACUUCGUCAGACCUCGACAGGGUACAUGCAGCCUGUUGCACAGCGUAUCUGCCCUCGAGAGGCGAGGUAACAAAUAUAUGGUUCAAGGGCACGCUACCUGGUAAUGGUCUCUCGCUGUAUAACGAGCUGCUCGAGAAGAGUCUGGUCGCAUGCCAGAACGCCCACCACGUAGUUGUCAAGACUCUGCAAGACACUGUCAAGCAGCAGCAGUCAGACGCGACGUGA